AUGAUACUGCAUAGUAGACUACAAGAGCCGGAAGAUUCGGGCGAGCGGGCGCGUUCGAAAUUAACGGGCGUUCGGGGAGAAGCGGGCAAAAGCGAGCCGGGCGGAGCAUUGCCGCGCGUCGCCACCGCCGCUUCGCUCGUCAGUCUACCGGAGCCACCGCACUGCGACGGUGCACAACGCGCUCCCGACGCCACCGCUCCCCCGACACAGGCCCAUCACGCACAUUUCGUGAUAACGUCCCCGACGAAGAAGUGUUGUUCUUGUGUGCCAUUAAGGCGAAGGUCUUCUGGUGGAGGAGGUUGGCAAGGGGCUGAACGGAGGGCGAUCCCCGUAUUCGUAUGCGGGCCGGUGGCGCGGAGUGGCGAUCGAUACGCGCCCGCGCGACGACGCCGCCCCGCGAGCGCUCUGCCGGCGAACACACGCCCGCGGGAAACGUAUCGGAUCCCGUUCCACGGUGCCGACUCGGAGGCAACGGCGCAAAUGUUAUCUUUGCCGGACGCCUCGGCUGCGGUGGACCCGUGGCGGUUUCAU